ACUUUCCUUGUUUUUCUUUGCAGGCAAACCAGAGAACAAGAAACCCCACCUGAUUUUUUUUAUUUCUCAGACUAUGAAAGACAUAACGCAGAAAUUGCAGCAUUUCAUUUGGACAGGAUCCUGGACUUCCGUCGUGUCCCACCGGUUGCAGGCAGACUGGUUAACAUGACGAGGGAGAUACGAGAUGUGACUCGUGACAAGAAGCUGUGGAGAACAUUUUUCAUCUCACCAGCCAACAACAUCUGCUUCUAUGGAGAAUGCUCCUACUACUGCUCAACCGAGCAUGCCCUGUGUGGAAAACCAGAUCAGAUCGAAGGGUCUCUAGCUGCUUUCCUUCCUGACUUGUCCUUAGCUAAAAGGAAAACCUGGAGAAACCCUUGGAGGCGUUCCUACCACAAGCGCAAGAAAGCAGAAUGGGAAGUUGAUCCAGAUUAUUGUGAAGAGGUUAAACAAACACCCCCGUAUGACAGUGGGACCAGAAUUCUGGAUAUAAUGGAUAUGACAGUUUUUGAUUUUCUAAUGGGUAACAUGGAUCGACAUCACUAUGAAACCUUUGAAAAGUUUGGAAAUGAAACAUUUAUUAUCCACUUAGAUAAUGGAAGAGGGUUUGGAAAAUACUCCCACGAUGAACUUUCCAUAUUGGUGCCUUUAAACCAGUGCUGCAGAAUAAGGAAGUCUACCUAUCUGCGAUUGCAGUUGUUAGCCAAGGAGGAAUACAAACUCAGUCUCCUGAUGAAGGAAUCUUUGCUAAAAGAUAAAAUUGCUCCCAUUCUCUACCAACCUCACUUGGAGGCGAUGGACAGGCGGCUGCGGAUUGUCCUCAAGGCUGUUAGUGACUGUAUAGAAAAGGAUGGUUAUGACAAUGUGGUUGAAAAUGACUUUAACGCUGAUGUUAACACUGUUGCGACCGAGAGGUAGUGAAAUCGCAAGACUACGUUUUUAUCAGCCAAUUAAAGAAGAUUCAAAAAGGAAAAAAAAGUCUUGCAAAAGACUGGUAUGCCACUUUGUGAAUUCAGUGAAUUCAGAAAUGAGAUAUAAUUGUUCCCAGAGUAGGUAAAGUGUAGACUCUGCAAAGGAUUAGCUCAUUAAGAAAAAUAGGUCUAACGUGAUGCUUUUCAUUAGUUCCCGAGAAGAGAUUAUGAAAAGGUUGAGAAAAUACUCAAAUCGUCGACAGACAGUGGUCUGAUAGCAAAACACCUCCUCUCCUUUUUGUAUAGCAAGGAGGCCUUUACUUAAUAUUUUGUAUUUAUAUAUGGUAUAUCUAUGAACCCCCAGACCUGCCUACCAAAUUUAACGAAGAGGGACAGCAUAGUUUUGUGACUCACACUUUAUUUGUGGUGACAGUCCACUUAGGAUUUUGUGUUAACCCUUUAAGUGCUCUAAUCCACUGUAUCUUAUUUAAAUUGAACACUUUCUUUAUUUCCAGCUAUUCAGCAUUUAAAGGGUUAAGGCAUUACAAACUUUUAAAGGCAAAAAAUAAUACUAAUAAUAAUAACAAUAAAUACAGUGAUUACCAGAAGGGAAUUUCACUAAUUGUGCAUUGACAGGAAUACUUGAAUGUUGGUUUUACAAAGUGAUGUAAAAUGACAAGUUGUACUAUUUAUCCUUAAGGAGGUGGCAGCUCUUAUCUUUCUAGACUAUCAUAGCUGAGCUGCUACUUUUCAACUUUGCUUUUGAUAGUUUUGUGUAAAUAUAUACAUAUAUGGGUAAAAAGCUGUUUUCAGCAGCUCUAGGCUUACUUUUGCAGCAUUUUUGUGGAAUUGUUUGCAACGUGGUAAAAGUGCAAUAAAGAUAUGGCAAAAUGUGUAGCCAUCA